GAGACAUUUAGUGGAUAUAACACUUUGAAGAGAUUUGUUUCACUACAUUAUAUUUCGUUUAAAAUUUACUUUCUCUUCUUUUGAAAAAUGAAACUUUGGACUUUUCUUCCCUGGCUGCCUUGCCUUUUAAUUUUUAUCAUGUGUUUGGGAUCUGAGUGCGGGACUGUCCGGAGAAUGGUGAGAUCUAAAAGAGACUUGGUGCGCAUUAGGGAAGCCAGAAGUUCCUUCCCAGGGGCUUGUGCCACACGUCUGCCUCGGGGCAAACGAUCCUUGCCCGGGAUGGAUCGACGGUCGCCUCGCCAGCAUCGUCGCUCCUCCCAGGCGGAGGAGAGCUCUUCAGGUCGGGGAAAAGCUGUUUAUUUUACCGGCAGAGGAGAUCAGCUACGACUGAAGCCGACUGUGGAGGUACCGAGAGGAAAUUUUACCCUGGAAAUGUGGAUCAAACCAGAAGGAGGGCAACGGUCACCCGCAGUAAUAGCAGGACUCUAUGAUAAGUGUUUCUAUGCCUCCAAUGACCGGGGCUGGCUGCUGGGAAUUAAAGCCGUGAGUGAGCAGGGCAACCGGGAUCCUCGCUUCUUCUUCUCCCUCAAGACUGACCGUGCCCACAAGGUCACCUCUAUUACCUCCAACACACGCUACCUGCCCCAUCAGUGGACCCACCUGGCCGUCACCUAUAAUGGGCAGCACAUGAAGCUGUUUGUGAACGGCGCCCAGGUCGCUGUGAGCCGCGAGCAGUCAGGUGAGGUCUUCAGCCCCCUCACCAGGAAGUGCAAGGUGCUGAUGAUUGGCGGCAAUGCCCUUAACCACAACUACCGUGGUAUGGUGGAGCACCUUCACCUAUGGCGACGUGCCUGCUCCCAGCCGGAGAUCAUGAGGGGCAUGCAGAGGCGGAACCGAGACGAGCCAGAUGACAUUAGCCAACUGGUCAUCCAUGAGAGCUUCAUCAACGCCUCUCAUAAGUGGCUCACUGUGAAAGAUGGCAGCUUCCCGCAGGCAGAGAGGGCAGGUCGCCCUGGAGUGGGAGAUGCGGGAAAGUGGCUGGACACGGUGCUGGAGCCUCCGCCCUGUGGUCAGACAGUUUGCGAUAACGUGGAUGUGGCGAUAAACUAUAACCACUUCUGGACCUUCCGCAAGCCCAAGAUGGUGCGCUACCGGGUAGUGAAUGUCUACGAUGACUCCCGUCACAAGCCGACCGUCACGGAGCACCAAAUCCACCUGCAGCACCAGCACCUGAACGAGGCCUUCCGCAUGUACAACAUCACCUGGGAGCUGACUGUCCACAACGUGUACAACUCCUCGCUGCGACACCGCCUGGUGCUGGCUAACUGCGACAUUAGCAAAGUUGGCGACGAGGAAUGCGACCCCGAAUGCAACCAUACGCUUACCGGUUUUGAUGCUGGCUUCUGCAAGAAGCAAAGGACUAACUGUCCCGACAGAAAACAGGGCAACGAAGAGUGUGACCCGGAAUGCAACUGGGAUAACUUCAGCUACGAUCAAGGAGACUGCUGUAACCCCAACAUCACUGAUGUCACGAAGACGUGCUUUAAUCCUGCUUCACCACUACGAGCGUUUCUGGAUGUCAAAGAGCUAAAAGAGAUAUUGAAUCUGGAUGGCUCCACACAUCUCAACAUCUUCUUUGCCAACUCCACGGAUGAAGACCUGGCUGGGGUUGCAACCUGGCCCUGGGAUAAAGAAGCAUUAACACAUUUAGGAGGGAUUGUGCUGAAUCCUUCCUUUUAUGGCACGUUUGGUCACACUCACACCAUGAUCCACGAGAUCGGUCACAGUCUGGGCCUCUACCACGUCUUCAGAGGGAUCUCUGAGGUCGAGUCGUGUAACGACGCCUGCUGGGAGACAGAGCCCUCUCUGGAGACAGGUGACCUGUGUGCUGAUACCAACCCCACGCCCAAGUACAAACACUGCAGGGACCCUGAGCCUGGAAAUGACACCUGUGGGCGGCGUCAUUUCACGCACACGCCCUAUAAUAACUAUAUGAGUUACGCAGACGAUGACUGCACUGACUCAUUCACACUUAACCAAGUGGCUAGAAUGCACUGCUACCUGGACCUCAUCUACCAGUCCUGGCAGCCAAGCAGCAAGCCACCCCCUCUGCCCAUGGCACCCCAAGUGGUGGAGCAGGAAGACGAUGCGCUCCUGCUGGAGUGGUUCCCGCCCAUCACAGGGAACUUCUACGACAGAGAAGUGGGAUCAGUAUGUGAUAAAUGCACAGAAGGGAGGGUCCUUAUGCAAUACGCCUCCAACUCCUCAUCUCCCCGCCCCUGCGCUCCCUCAGGACACUGGAGCCCUCGGGAGGCUGAAGGCCCACCAGACGUGGAGCAAGCAUGCGAGGCGAGCGUGCGCACCUGGAGCCCGAAUUCCGGCAUGGAUUCCAGCAGCGUGGGCUCCCCCCCGUGCCCCCUGCAGGGCUGCAUGCUGCAGCUGGAGUUCCUUCACCCUCUGGUGCCCGACUCCCUCACAGUAUGGGUGACCUUCUUCUCACCUGAGGAGACCCAGCUGCCAGCCAUUCAUAACAUCGUGCUCCUGACCGUCGGCGGUAACAACAUCUCCCUGGGUCCUUGGGACGUCUUCUGUGACACCCCGCUCACUAUCGAGCUGUCGGUGCAGGAGGAGGUGUACGGCGUGCAGUUCUUUACCAUGGAGCAGCACCUGGAGAUCGACGCCACGCUGCUGUCCUCCAGACCCGACUGCCCGCUGUGCCACGGCUGCCAGCCACUGCGAUACCGUCUGCUGCGCCAGCCGCCCUUCUCUCAUGCUCCCCUGGGCGUUCUGGUGUCAGACCCCAGCCGCAGAUAUGUCGACAGAGAUGUGGAGCCCGGUGUAGUGUACACAUAUCAAGUGCUGACUGUAUCCAAGCGAGCUGAAAGUGAACCAUCACCUCCCCUCAUUCACCAGCUGGGGGCGCCAUACUGCGGUGAUGGCCAUGUCCAAAGGCUUUUGGGUGAACAGUGUGAUGACAUGAAUUCUGUGAAUGGAGAUGGGUGUUCAAGCCAGUGCAAGAAGGAAACUUUCUUCAACUGCAUAGAUGAGCCCAGCAUAUGUUACUUUUAUGAUGGAGAUGGUAUCUGUGAAGAAUUUGAGCGGGAAACAAGUGUGCGGGACUGCGGCCUCUACACGCCAAGUGGUUUCCUGGACCAGUGGGCCACGAAGAUUGAGGUAUCCCACGAGGAGAGUGUUCACUGCCCAGCAGAUGUUGCUGUGGGGUACCCUGCGGUGACCAAGACCUGCCAGUCAAAGGCAUUUGACCUCUCCGAUGGAGUGUCCCAGUAUGCUUGGUUCCCAUGUCAAGAGGCCCAGCAGCAGUCUUGGAACCCUCACUACUGGCUCAAGGCACACUAUUCUCACCCAAUGGUUGCUGCUGCUGUCAUAAUUCAUUUGGCUGCAGAUGGGACCGGUUACAUUGACCAGACCCAAUGCAAUAUUACUGUUCAACUAAUGGACACCAAGGAGCAAAUACACAGUUUAGGGGAAUGGCGUCUAAGCUGUAGGAACAAUCCCUUGGUGAUUCCUGUGCACCAUGACCUGAGCAUGGCCUUCUACCGCACCAAAGCUAUUGUGGUGAAGUUUCGCUCACAUUUGGUGGCUAUCUCUGGGGUGGGUCUCCGGUCCUUCCAAUACUUUGACCCCAUCACCAUCAGCGGCUGCCAGAGCAAUGAGAUAUACAACCCUAUGGGUCAGAGUUGUGUUCAUUACUCAUGCGAGGCCAUCUACUGUCAAGGACCUCUCAUCCGCAAUGCUGAAAUGGCAUGCAGCAGUCCUAGAUACUUUAAUGGGGCUCGCUGCACAGUCACUUGUAACCGUGGAUAUGUGCUGCAGAUCCACCGGGAUGAUGACAUCAUCAAGACCCAGUCUGACUCCAUAGUAACUAUCACCUGUGCCGAUGGCAAGUGGAACAAGCAGGUGACUUGUGAACCUGUGGACUGUGGUCGACCAGACAAGUAUCAUGUGCACCCAGCUGUCUUCCAUUUCCCUGAGGGAACCACCUAUGGCAAGAGAUGCACCUUUCAGUGCAAAGAGCCCGCUCAGCUCGUAGGAUCCAACAACACUCUGACCUGCAUGGAGGAUGGCAUGUGGUCUUUCCCAGAGGCGCUCUGUGAGUUGCGCUGUCCCACACCACCCCCAGUUCCCAACGCCAUCCUGCAGACCCGGCGGUGCAAUUUCACUGGCCUGAAGGUGGGCUCUUUCUGCAAGUACAAGUGCAAGCCUGGCUACCACGUCGCCAACACUGACAAGUUGAGAAGUGAUGCUGUCUCCGUCCCCAGGCGUGCAUUCAAGAGGCAGUGCACCGAGGAUGGGAGCUGGCAGGAGGGAGCCUGCGAGCCGGUGACCUGUCCUCCUCCCCCCCCUGUCUUCCACGACAGCUUCCGGUGCACCGACGGCUUCAGGUUCAACAGUGACUGCUGGAUCAACUGCGACGCAGACAACCACACGGGUCCUACUACCAACGUGAUCCGAUGCAGAAAGGAUGGAAAUUGGACUGGUUCAUUGAAGAUUUGCCCUCAGAUGAAAGGACGGUGCUCCCUCCCUCAAAACCUCAGUCCCAGCAUCCGUGUCAGCUGUAAGAAUGGACAUGGAAUAGGUGAAGAGUGUGAAUUGAUGUGCAAGGACAGAAACAACAAUGUGGUCGUCCUGCCCAACAACACAACAGUAGAGACCAUAAUGAAAGACCACUGGAUGAAUCCGCCCAAAGUCAAGAGUAUUGUGUGUACGAUGGGCCUGAAGUGGUACCCACAUCCAGAAACACUACACUGCAUUAAAGGUUGUGAGCCUUUCAUGGGUGACAAUUACUGCGACGCCAUCAACAACCGAGCAUUCUGUAACUAUGAUGGUGGAGACUGCUGUCAUUCAACUGUCAAAACUAAAAAGGUUAUUCCAUUUCCGAUGUCCUGCGACAUCCGAGAAGAUUGUGCCUGCCGGGACCCCAACGCCCAGGAGCAUAGCAAGGGGGGCCUUCCACAUUCCCUGGGCUGAGUCCAGCGAUCCCCUGAGUGGCCCUCUCAUCAGGGGGCGUGCCUGGGGGAGCCAUACAUUCCUUGCUACAUGCUGCUUACAGGAGUACCUCUCCAUUCAUAUUGCACCCCUACAUGUCUGCCGACCUGCCUUCUCACCAGGAAGAAAAUAAAAAGACUGAAGUGGGUAUGAAACCAUUUACACCAAAAUAAAAUCACAAUGGAAUGAAAGAACAAAUGAACAGACAGACAUAAAAGAACCCAACGACACGUGAGAAAAUAUAGUUUUACACAAAGAAAGAAAACCUGAAAACAAAUCAUGUCACUGUCUAGUUUUGUGCCGGUUUACCAUUUUGUCCUUUAUUGUCUUGAUUUUCCUAAGAUAAGAAAAAACUGAAAUUGCUCAUCAGAGACCGAUAACAAAUCCAAAUGGAAAUGUCUUUGGUUUAAUAUUUACAUACAUACAUGCAUAUAUGUGUGUGUGUGUAUAUAAAUACAGUAACAAAAUAUAAGAAAAAAAACAUCUGAAAUAACAUACCAAAAAAAAACCUUAUUGACAGUAACCUGUGACCAUUUAUAAGCCCUUAUGAUUAUCAUUUUUAUCUAUUUGUGUGCUCAUAAUGGUUGAUCUGCAAGUGACAAAAGAAUAGAAAACAGAGAGGGGAGAGUCCUCAGAUUGGACCUUUCAAAAGUAAUUCAUAAUGUUUAUUUAUAUGUGUCACAGGUUGUAAGUGAUGAGUACAGAGCUGAGAUUUGAUUUGAGGAAGAAAGCGUUUUAUUUGUUAAUUAAAAGGAAAAAUACAUUAUAGAAAAUAGUGCCAAUAUUGUCAAAUUACAAUACAGACUGUUGUGAAAUUCAUAGGAGAAGAAGAUGAUUAUGGGGGGAAAGUGAGGAAGAUCAGUUGCAUUAGUACAGCUGUUGCUGCUGCUAAUUUUGCUGCUAUUUGCCAUAUGGCCAAACAUCCUGAUUCUGCAGACCAUUCAUGUGAGACCGUGAUGCUCAAUAGUGUAUUAUUCGCUUAAAAGCUUACCUCCAACCAGGAUACAUAAAUGUACGUGCGUGCGUGUGUGUAUGAAAAUGCUAUAAGUUCACACAGAGUAAAUGCCUUCAAACAUAUAUAAAUAUACAUAUAUAAUAGGUUUGUGAGGACGUAUCCAUAUGUGUCACUGCAUGGGUUCACACUCACAGAUGCACACCUGAUAAGUAGCUGGUAGUGGAUUUUAUAAACUUGACAUGCCAAAAUAAUUUCUGUCCUUCACAUACAGAAUGCCCUCAAAACACAUAUGCCAAAUAUAAAAAACUGUAAAACCUCUGAUAUUGGUAGGGCCAUUUUUUAAUUACUUAGAAAAAAUAACGGGGGAGAUAUUGGUGGAUGUAUGAUUGUAUAUCAGUAUGCAACUAUGAAACAUGUGCACACUUGAAAAAUUGGCUUCACAAACUUGUCUCUGUAUGGUAUUCAUGUUGUAUCUUAUUAAGGACUUAUGAACCUUAAGAAUCAAGCAACAUUUCUACGGCCCUAUUCAUAACAUAUAUAACAAUGAUACAAUGAACAAUGCUAUUUCCGUCAUUAUUUCUCAUUUUUUUCCUGCCGUGUUCACCUGUUUAUGUAUUUCAUUGUGACAUUAAGAAUGUAAUUUAGGACAAUAAUCUCCUCAGUGUCAAUGAGGUAACAUGAAUCAUUGAUUCAGGCGUUGUGGCAAUCAUCUUUUUGACUGCAUAUUUUAGUAGCAAACCAAAUAGAGAUGAUCAUUUACUUGUCUCCAGUCAAGCGUGAAAGCUAGUGAAGUGAUUUUUAUGUCCAGGUGAAGUGGCAGAAGGGCUGGAUUCUUUGUGAUGGUCUUUGUGACUAUGGCUAAGAAUCUGACCAAGACUGUAUCAGUAGGUCCCGGAUAAUGAUUGUGCUGUUCAGAUUUAUUCCCAAAUUCAAUUUUUCAUCUGCCUAUUCUUGGUGUUGUUAGGUCUAUUUUUAAGCUGGAAAUGAGGGGCACAUGGACCAAAACUAUUUAAUAUUUUUGGAGGGAAAUUCUUGACUUUAUUUCAAAACACUGAGCUAAAGAGAACAGACCUUUAUCUCUCUUUCGCAUUCACUUUCUAAAAAUCACAGAAACAUGAACACACAAAGAUGCAAAAUCCCUUUUAAAGACCCUAGCCUAAUGUCAGCAGUUUCCCCGCUCCCCUACCACUACAGCCCCCUAAAAGAUAUACAUCCCAUCAAGAAUGGUUUUUAGGUGGGAUGUUCCACAGUCUCUUGUGUAGUUAAGUUACUCUUUUUUGAGGGACCAUCGUAAGCAUGUUCGUGCUGUUCUUCCUCCUGCCGCUUCUCUAACCUGGUUUUAACUGUGGCUUCUUCUAGGUCAUUACCUGUGUUGUUUGGAACAGUCUCUGUCAUGCUGUAACACACUCACACUGCAGCUGUACUCUUGACACGUUUCUCUGGAUUGAGAGGUUUACCAAAAGUUAUGUGUCUAUUACUCGCCAUUAUGUUGGAGAAAUUGGCAGGAGUUUUCUGUAGAUUUUGUAAUGUUGGUUUUGUGAAUAGCAUUAGGUCUGGAAGGAAUGACUAUAUGAAAUGUGUAGUAUAUUUUAUUUUUCUUGUUAUUGCCGUUUUUGUUUUUGCAAGAUGUACUCAUACUUAAUCAGUAUUUCUGUUAUUGACCUCAGUUACUGCACUUGUUUUUUGUACAGUCAUUUUAAAGUCUACUUUUAAAAAAAAGCUGCUAAAAUCAAACAGGUUUAUUUUUUUCUUUUUUUUUUUUAAAGUGUAGUAUAUUUUAUUUUUACUCUGUUAUUAUAAAAUGUUAACCAUUCAUUUAUUAUUGUUGUCAAUGUGGAUUUAUCACUUAUCUUUUCACACACAUUUAGAAAUUUGCGUCGCUUAAAACAUUCAGAUAGUCUUAAGUCGAGAAACCGUACUGAGUAAAGUGCAGCUACCGAACCAAGGACAAUCAGAGUAAGAUCUCAUGGAAAUGAAAGCCAGCUUACUGUAGCCUCACGGCUUGCUUACAGCAUAGCUUUUCCAAGACCAAGUGGUAAAAUGUGCAGGGGACAACAAAAGACCUAGGAGCAGGUUGUACAGUAGGUUAUAAAGAUAAUGACAGUUAAGUACAAUUAGUUUUUUUUCAAUACGUAGGUCAGGUAAAACAAAUGUAUUGUUCUGUGAUAAUUAAUCCACAUGUGCUUUUUGAAGAUACUGUCAAAUUGUAUGUAACUGUAUGCAAAAUACUGCUGCUUUAAACAUAUUACCAAUAGGCAGGGAGUGUACAACAUAUAAUUGCGAUACAAUACCAGUUCAUAUGAUUAUUAAUGAAUAGAUAUGUAGAAAUAUAUGAAAAUGAAAUAAACCCUCACUUCUCAAUGCUUAGAGGACUCCUGGAAAACAGCCACACAACCAAUCUGUUUCCUCUCAUCAGCCCAGCAUCAAUAUACACAUGAUCUCCCUCCAAUGAGCUGAUCAAAUGUUAGUACUGGACCAAGCUGCUUACCUGUCAUCCCCCUGUAUCUAUUUUUUGCAACAUUCUCAUUGAUAAUCUGUUUCUUUGCUGUCAGCAAAACUACAAUUCAAAACUGUGAGCAAUUUCUUUUGUCUGACCAUGAUUGCCCUUGUGAAACACACAACUAAACUGUAUUUUUUCUUUUUUUUUAUACUACCUUUCUCAAGCCAUGAAAACGCAAAUUAAAUAAAUGGAAUUUCUGGGAAGAAAUGUUAAUGAAAAGGGAAAAAGAAUGAUUGACAGUCUACUGUAAGCACCACAAAACUUUUUUGCUUUACCUCAUGCCUGUAAUGUUUGCUGCUUCUGUUUUUAGCUAUUUUAGUAAUUUAAGUCUCAUAGCAAUAUAUAAUGGUGUAAAUAGAAUUAUUUAUUGAGAAUGUCAUCUUUUUAAUUUAUAUUCACACAGUGUUCAUCUAAGUUAUUUUUUACUUUUUGCCAUUGUAAUAUUAUUUGAUGUGAGGUCAAUUUUUUUUCUGUCAUCUGUUUUUUUUUCUUUCCUUGUUCCCAUAAACUACAGGUCUAACCUUACUGCGAUACACAAUUAAACGAAAGAAAACACACUAUAAUCCAGAAAAUGUUUCUCCAUGGCUUUUUUAAAAUUCUCUUUUAAAAGUCUCUUCCUCUUUAAUUACUUUCAGAUACACACUAAAUGUUACUGCGUAUUCGAGGGGUCCUCAAAGUCUUGUUUAGAACAAGGAUGUAGGGUUUUGACAGAUUUAAAUAAGAUUUUUUAUUUUUUUUGAGAGGGCUAUGGAUUAUUGCUGUAAAUUAUGUAAUAGAUAAAGCAUAUUGAUCCAGAAUCUGGCUAAUCAGGUGUAGUGAGGAAGUCCAGCUGUAUGUUCAGAUGUAGCAUAAGGAACAAAAGACUAACGGAAAAUACCAAUGUGCUACCUGCUUUUUCGUGUAAUUCGGUUUUUGGGAUUUGGGUUGAGUCGUCCAUUGAGAAUUUGUUACAUGAGAAUUGGUUUACUGGGAAACAAUCUCGUAAUUCUUGUAUUUGUCUUAAUGUGUUAUUUCAUUCCACACCAAAUAUGCAAAGUACUGUUGAAGUACAUGUAUUAUAUAAUUAAAAAAAUAUAUGUCUGAAAGAGCAGGCUUUAGACAAGGUCAAAGACUUCAUUCAUUGUUUUGAUGUUACACUUUACUGUAAUGUUUGCAAGUCUUAUGGCAUGUGUUCCUCAAAGAUCAUAUUUUACUAAAAUAAAGUAUUUACUUAAGUUUAGUACAUAUUUUAACAUAAUUGCAUAAUUAAUAAAGCUCCUUUGGACUUUUGGAAUUCUCUAUAUUGGUAUCAGGGCAUUCCAGAAAUCGUGAUGGUAACAGUGGCACCAGCCUUUCCGUUACUUAACUCCAUCUACAAAAUGCAAUAACCUACAAGGAAGAGAUCGUUUCAGCAGCUGUGCUACACCUUGAUAAUGAGCUCAUUCUCCCUCUGUCCCUUUCUCCAUAUUCCUGUACUCUUUCAUAUAUUAAUAUUCUAAAUAAUUGUAUUUUCUCCUGAAGUAGGCAGAAUUUUUGUUUUGGAUAUAAUGCAGAUUAUCCCAUAUAAUGACAUGUUGGUAUUUGGUUUUGGUACAUAAUAAUAAUAAUAAUAAUAAUAAUAAUAAUAGCAGUUUCAUUUGAAGGCAUUACAGUAGUUAAGUUCCAAAUUGUGGUGGCUUUAGUUUUCAGAACUAAGACAGAAUUUUUUUGAUUAUUUGUAUUUUGCGCUCAUUUCAUUUCAGUUUUAAUAUCGACUUUUCACUUGUCUGUCCCCAUCUUCCAUUAUCUUGUUCAUAAUUUAGGUUACAUAAUUCAGUUGUAGCAUGUCCGCAUCAGGAAAAUGUAAAGCAUUUGUUUUUUGCUUAUCAUACUGAGGGACAAGAAUGUGAUUGAGAAUUUAGAAGUGGCGUAUGAAAAGACUUUAGAAUUCACAUUAUAUAGCAGGACACACCAAGCAUCUGAAUGUGAAACUUCUUUUGUUGGUUACCUCGCACAUGUUCAGUAGUGAGGUCAUUCAGACAGGUCAAUUUUCAUAUUGUACUAAUCAGACUUUGGCUGGAAUAUGAGCUCCUCAGUUUUCAGUUAAGUCAGUGUUUGGGAAGUAGUCCUGAACUGCCAUAAAACUGGAUAAAUACCACUUCACAAGACACAAAAAAAGCUUUUUUUAAAAUAAUAAAUGUUACAUAAAGUUUAUAGUCCUCCUCUUAUUGGUCAUAUUUCCCCUUUGUAUUGUACAUUUUCAGUUCAUGUUUAUUAAAAUAAUAGGUCAUCUCAGUGAAUUGCAAAAUUUGUUUUUGCUAGCAAAUCCAGGAAAAUGGAACAAAUUGAGGGUUUCUUUGUAGCAACCAUUGCUAUUAGAUGCACAGAGAAUAUAUUUAUAUUUCCAGAGCAGUUCCUCCUUUCAGUCAUGUCAUCUUCAUUGCGGUAGUCGGCACUCCUGGAUCGCUCUGCCUCCCUACUCCCAUUUCAGUGAAAACUUUCGUAGGGGCGCUGAGUGUACACAACCGAAAGCCCCCCAAUCUCUCCCCCGGAACACAACAGAACUUUCUUCAUCGUGUGCCUGCUAUGUAACUAGGCAGAGGGUUAGAUCUGUACUUUUACACUGUUAUGGUAUCCAUACGCACUGUUAAACCUGGUGGAAUCCACUCCUCACAGCCCAUACACCUAAUGCACUGUUUUGGACACUUACCACAAUCAUUUUAUGUUCAGUUGAUUUUUUACAGUUCUAAAAUCAUCUUAUUU